GACCCCGCGACCACUCAAUUAUUCAUUAUUUACAGACUGCCACCAACCACCCCCAACUACCCUGAUUCUGCCUGUUUGUGUGCAACGACGCCACUCUGCAAGCCCAAGGAACAUCCCAUCUUCUUCUUCACUCCAUAUUCUCUUGUCUCACACUUCUAUAAACUUGAUCCUGCACUGCUUCACCAAACCCCAUACUCUCCGGACUCGAACGUGAGGAACAAUCUACAGCCAAGCGGAAAAAUACCAGGCCAAGCAAGGCUACGGAAGCUCUCAAAAGCGGGUUCCCUCGAUUGCAUAAUCUCUCCGUUUGCAGCCUACCACCAAACCCCAACCGACCUGGAAAAGCUGUCUUAAACACCCUCGGGCCUUCCCAUCCUCUAUCGGAUACAUCAUUUCCCCAAAGAUCUUCCCUGCCUCAUCCUUCUUACUUGAGACACCCACCCACAACACACCGAAGACCCUCAACCCAAAGCGCCAAGAUGGGCAAACAACCAAACCUCUACUCCUUCCCCACCGUCAACGACCUCGCCCCCGGCCUGCGCCACUACGUCGUGCAAGCCCAAAACUCCGGCAUCAGCAGGCACGGCACCUUCAAAGUCGCCGUCUCUGGCGGUUCCCUCCCCAAGACCCUGGCUGCGGCUCUCCUCCCCCCCUCCACCGCCCCAGAGGACACCCUCGACUUCUCGAAGUGGGAGAUCUUCUUCGCCGACGAGCGCGCCGUGCCCCUCGACCACGCGGACUCCAACUACGCCCUCCUCCAAGCCGAGCUCCUCUCCAAGAUCCCCGCCGAGCUCGGCGCCCCUGCCGUCCACCCCAUCGAUGUCGCGCACCUUGAUGACGUCCAGGAGAUGGCGGACCAGUACGAGAAGUUGCUUGUGCGCAACUUCGCGCAGCGCGAUUCUGUCAAGCUGCCUAUCUUCGACUUGAUCCUGCUUGGUUGCGGACCAGAUGGGCAUACGUGCUCGCUGUUCCCGGGCCAUGAGUUGCUCCGCGAAUCGGACGCGUGGGUCGCGUCCAUUGAGGAUAGCCCGAAGCCGCCGGCGAAGCGGAUUACGCUUACGCUGCCGGUGGUGAAUCAUGCGGUCAAGAUUGCGUUUGUGGCGACGGGAGGGGGAAAGAAGGAGGUACUGAAGCAGAUCUUUGAGGAUGGGACGGGGCUGCCGUGUGCGCUUGUUAAUGAAGGGGGUGGGGAUAGAGUGAGCUGGUUUGUGGAUGAUGCGGCGGUGGAGGGGGUGAGCUACCCGAGAAGGGGGAGCUUGUGAGCUCUGCCUCUGGGAAUGAUGGUUCUUAGUGAGCAAUGUCAUUUUGCAGGUGCGGUGGCCGGAUAAGACAGGACGGCUGUGGAUAGGGGAGGUGGAGGAAUGCUAUCGCUUCCCUCAUCAUGAGCUCUCAGUGGUUUUUGAUUGCUUGUUGGCUUGAAAUAGAGGGGAUAAAGGGCUCAGUACCGCAACGAAGCGUGGUAAUGGGAGGGGGGAAGUGAGAAUUUGUGAAGGGAGUUAUUUAGCAUUGCUAUCCGCCACUCAUAUUUUACGCUGGCCUUUGAAGAUGAUGAGGCUGUUGGUCGAAACAAGUGUAGCUUCACCAAUUUAUUUUGUUGGCCACCAUUCGAGCCUAUUGCAUGUUGCAAUGUGAUACGUAGUGGUAUAAAACAAUCCCCUCAUCUUCAUCCAGGCAGCACCGUAUAAAUCUAAAAUGUAAACCUUUCAUCCAUAUAAG